CCACCUUCCCACCCGGGACGUCCUGAGCCGCCACAACAACAGGCUCGCGCGAGACAAAGGAGCCGGCACGGGGCGGCGCACGGGGCCAGGGGGGACGCGGGGAGGCGAGGGCGCGGCGCGGGUGGGAGCCGGGGCGGAGACCUCCUGCCCGGCCUCCGGACUCGGUCCAGCCUUUGACCCUCGGUCCCCCGCGGCCCCCCUGCAGGACUCGCCCCGGCAACCGCUACCCCGGCCUCAACUCGCCCCUUUCAGCCCCACGCACGGAGCGGAGCGCAGCACCCGGGCGCCGGCGGCAUGGCGGUGUCCUGGAGCAGCUGGCUGGCCAACGAAGGGGUUAAACACCUCUGCCUGCUCAUUUGGCUGUCCCUAAAUGUCCUGCUUUUCUGGAAAACCUUCCUGCUGUACAACCAAGGGCCCGAAUACUACUACAUCCACCAGAUGUUGGGCGUAGGAUUGUGUCUAAGCAGAGCCUCUGCAUCUGUCCUGAACCUCAACUGCAGCCUUAUCCUUUUACCCAUGUGCCGGACUCUCCUGGCUUAUCUUCGAGGAUCACAGAAGGUUCCAAGCAGGAGAACAAGAAGAUUAUUGGAUAAAAGUAAGACGUUCCACAUAACCUGUGGCAUAACUAUCUGUAUUUUCUCAGGUGUGCAUGUGGCUGCCCACUUGAUGAAUGCCCUCAACUUCUCAGUGAACUAUAGUGAAGAUUUCCCUGAACUGAAUGCAGCAAGAUACCAAAAUGAGGAUCCUAGAAAGCUUCUCUUCACAACUGUUCCAGGUCUGACGGGUGUCUGCAUGGUGGUGGUACUGUUCCUCAUGGUUACAGCUUCUACCUAUGCAAUAAGAGUUUCUAAUUAUGAUAUCUUCUGGUAUACUCACAACCUCUUCUUUGUCUUCUACAUGCUGCUGCUCUUGCAUGUUUCAGGUGGGCUGUUGAAGUAUCAAGCCAAUUUAGAUGCCCACCCUCCUGGCUGCACCAGUCUUAACCGGACCCAGUCUCGGGAUGCUUCCUCCCCAGACUAUAUCGCGGAACAUUUUCAUGGAUCUUUGCCUGAAGGAUUUUCAAAAAUAGAAGAUCGUAACCAGAAAACACUUGUGAAGAUUUGCCUGGAAGAACCCAAGUUCCAAGCUCAUUUUCCACAGACCUGGAUUUGGAUUUCUGGACCUUUGUGCCUAUACUGUGCUGAGAGACUUUACCGAUGCAUCAGGAGCAACAAACCUGUUACCAUCAUCUCAGUAAUCAAUCAUCCCUCAGAUGUCAUGGAACUCCGCAUGGUCAAAGAAAACUUUAAAGCAAGACCUGGCCAGUAUAUUAUUCUACAUUGUCCCAGUGUAUCAGCAUUAGAAAACCACCCAUUUACUCUCACGAUGUGUCCUACUGAAACCAAAGCAACAUUUGGUGUCCACUUUAAAGUAGUAGGAGACUGGACAGAACGAUUCCGAGAUUUACUACUCCCCCCAUCUGGCCAGGACUCCGAGAUUCUGCCCUUCAUUCAGUCUAGAAAUUAUCCCAAGUUGUACAUCGAUGGUCCAUUUGGAAGUCCAUUUGAGGAGUCACUGAACUAUGAAGUUAGCCUCUGUGUGGCCGGAGGCAUUGGGGUCACUCCGUUUGCAUCGAUACUAAACACUCUGCUGGACGACUGGAAACCAUACAAGCUAAGAAGACUGUACUUUAUCUGGGUGUGCAGAGACAUCCGGUCCUUCCAGUGGUUUGCAGACUUGCUCUGUAUGUUACACAACAAGUUUUGGCAGGAAAACAGACCUGACUAUGUGAAUAUCCAGCUGUACCUCAGUCAAACAGAUGGGAUUCAGAAGAUAAUUGGAGAAAAAUAUCACACACUGAACUGUAGACUUUUUAUUGGACGUCCUCGGUGGAGGCUUUUAUUUGAUGAAAUAGCAAAAUGUAACAGAGGGAAAACAGUUGGAGUUUUCUGCUGUGGACCAAGUUCGAUUUCCAAAACUCUUCAUAAUAUAAGUAACCGGAGCAACUCAUAUGGGACAAGAUUUGAAUAUAACAAAGAAUCCUUCAGCUGAAGCCUUAGGGAACUAAUCUUUUGAGGACUAUAAAGAAGGAACAGUGCAAUUUCUAAGACUUGGAAACUUAGCUGAAUCAAACAACUGUGCUACGCCAAAGAAUAUCAAGGUUUUAUUAUUUAUGAUUAUUUAAAAUGAGAUUGCAAAGAAUGUUGCAAAAUGACAUGUUUAAUCUGCGAGCCAAAGAGGCCCUGAAGAAUAUUAGAUGUGGUGAUUCACAUUUUGAUGGGCAAAUUAAAAAGAAUGCUGUUAGAUGCACACUGUUGAUUUUUAUGGGAAAUUCAAGAACUCUCUUGCGAGGAGCUGAACUCACUUACUCUGAAGCUGAUAGCCUCAGUCUUCCUUAAAUUGUUUUUUGGUUGAGCAGAUUCAAGAUUGAACAAAAUUAAAAAUUCAUUGAAACUAAACUUCAUUUUCUCCGUUUUGCGUAAGAGGAGUAGCUUUCAUUUGGAAAGGAUCCUGGCCAACCCUUGGAGUUGGAAGAGGCAGCACAAAACUUUGUAUCGAUACGGGUACUUCAUGUCCACUGAUAAUUUUCUCUGCUCACUCUAUUGUCUCCCUGUGUUGUUUGUACUGCACAGGCUCCCAGGCCAUCUGCCCAUGUUGAUACAAUAUCUGCUUUCUUAUUUUUGCACCUUAUCCUCUACUAGGGAAAUAUGCAUUCCCUCAGCAGGCCUUCCACACAAUGAUUUAACUGAACGAUCUUAUCACUAAUUUGCUCAAUUUAGUGCUUUUGCAUAGUAAUGAAAACUCCUAAAGUGCUUUGCUUAGUUUAUGCUUAGACACCAAAGAGCAAAUCGUAGACACCAAAGAGCAAAUCUUGCAGGGAACAAUGAAGCACAAAACCUCUCUCCCCCUUCUCCCUUUGCUUUCAGAUAGAGAUGUUGAAGUUACAUUCCUGCAGUGCGACCCUCACUUUCCUUCCUAGAAACGUGGGACUAUUUCACUAUUUAUUCAAAUUUAAGUUAAGAAUCACUAAUACUGUUUUUGCACUGUUUCAUAUCAUGGUGAGUUAUUAGAUUUAAAUUUCCUAUUCUUGUGAUCCAGUCAGUUCAUUGUUUAAUAUUCUUGAAUCAGAAGGACAAUCUACUUUACAAACUUAAUAAUUAAGAUAUUCGUACAGCUUGUCCGGUACCUAGCUCUUAAUGCUAUCAAGUGUAAUACAUUGCUGUAAUCAGUUCCUUGCCUUAUUUUUGAUAGUCUUUUGUAUGUCACGUAACAAUGGUAAAUGCUGUUAUUAUUUGAUUUUGGUAUGAUUCACUACUAACAAACAAGUAUACUAAAACAGCUAGAGUCAAAUGACCACAUGUGUAUUUAUUACACAUAUUUUUUUUUCUUGCCUUGAAACACUUUCUUAUCAUUUAUAUGGGCAAUGUGCAAUGCUCAUGUAGAUUGAGCUCUGAAGACAUAUAUAGAGAGAAACAUACACACACACACACACACACACACAUAUAAAAUCAUUACAUCUUGGUAAUGCUCAGACACAGAUCAGAAAGAACUCAUAAAAAGAAACGAGUUUAUUCAGGCUUGUAUACAAUAAUGAAUCCUUAUUAAUCAUGACAUUCAUGUGAUUAUGUGAAUUCAUCAAAUUUCAAUAAUUCAGAUCAAACAUUUUGAAAAGAACAAUGGUAUUUCAGAGCUUAUCUGCCAUGAGGGAUGGACCUCCUUGCCUGAUCUAAAUUCCAGUGCAUGUUCAAGCAUCUGUAAGUUAAAAAUAGUUUUAUUUUAGCAGGAAUAUAAUUAAAGCUUUAUCACACAUAUAGAAGACAGCUUUGUUUGUUUUGACAAAUUCUUUCUAUGGUGGUGGUUAUUUUCAUGUAUACUUUAAAUCCCUAAUUUUAAUGGCAAUAAAUAUAAAGUUGAAGUGGUGUCCAUGAAUCUCUUUUAUAACAGAUAUGUCUGCAAUUUGUUACGAUAACCUUAAGAAUUUGGAUUCUGCAACUAUAAAUGUUAUAGUCUAGUCUUAUAACUCUGGGUUAAGAUUUUUCA